CCAACCCCAUACCUGCAAAUUCAUAUACACUCCUCUACCUUUGAGAAACCCCCACAAACCGCAAAGAUGGCGACUUCAACGACCGUCUCGUAUACUGCCAAUCUCCUCAAGUACAUGUCCCUCGACCAGAAGGGCAGUGCUAUGGCCGAGUACAUCUGGAUUGAUUCUACUGGUGGUACUCGAUCUAAGUCAAAGACUCUCACCAAGGUCCCAGAAUCCGGUAUCUUCAAGCCUGAAGAUCUCCCCGAGUGGAACUUCGACGGUAGCUCGACUGGCCAAGCUCCCGGUGACAACUCUGAUGUCUACCUCCGCCCCGUUGCUGUCUUCCCCGAUCCAUUCCGUGGUGCUCCCAACAUCUUGGUUAUCACCGAGUGCUGGGACCCCGAUGGAACCCCAAACAAGUUCAACCACCGCCACGAGUGUGCUAAGCUCAUGGAGGCCCACAAGUCGCACAAGCCAUGGUUCGGCCUGGAGCAAGAAUACACGCUCCUCGACAUGCUUGACAAGCCUUAUGGCUGGCCCGUUGGAGGUUUCCCAGGUCCACAAGGCCCAUACUACUGUGGUGUUGGUGCUGGCAAGGUCUACUGCAGAGAUAUCGUUGAGGCUCACUACAAGGCUUGCUUGUUCUCUGGUGUGAAGAUCUCUGGUACCAAUGCCGAGGUUAUGCCAGCUCAAUGGGAAUUCCAAGUUGGUCCUUGUGAGGGUAUUGAAUUGGGUGACCACCUUUGGCUCGCUCGUUUCCUUCUUCACCGUAUUGCCGAGGAAUUCGGUGCCAAGAUCUCCUUCCACCCCAAGCCAAUCCCAGGUGACUGGAAUGGAGCCGGUCUUCACAGCAACUACUCCAGUGAGGAGAUGCGCAAGGAAGGUGGUAUGAAGCAUAUUGAGGCCGCCAUCAAGAAGCUUGAGGGUCGCCACAAGGAGCACAUUGCUGUUUACGGAGAGGACAACACCAUGCGUCUUACCGGCAGACAUGAGACUGGCAGUAUUGACUCCUUCUCUUACGGUGUUGCCAACCGCGGUUGCUCCAUCCGUAUUCCAAGAGAGUGCGCCCACAAGGGUUACGGUUACUUCGAGGAUAGACGACCAGCUUCCAAUGCUGAUCCUUACCAAGUUACUGGUAUUAUGAUGGAGACGAUUUACGGAAGCGUUGAGUAAAUGCUGGGUUUGGGCGUGUACACAAGGCUGGAGUGACGGAAAGGGAUUGCUCUUCUUCUGCAAGCGA